CAAACACAAAAGAGAAACAAGAAAAGAAAAGUAAAGCAACGAAGCAAAACUAAAAAAAGCUGCUUCAAGUUCUUGUGCCGGACAAUUUGGAGUGGCGGCUCAGUCCGCAAAACCUAAUAUACAGUUAGUUAUCCAGCGUGGACUACAACUACACAUACAAAUCCAUAUAUGAUGCAUACGCUGUUCAGUGAUCAGAACUCGUUCUCCCGCCACUAUGCCCAAACGGCCGCCGGCUAUACGUCCGCCUCGGCGGUGGCAGCCGCCAGCAGCGCCUCGGCGGCGGCAGCGGCCCAUUAUGCGUACGAUCAGUACUCGCGGUAUCCGUACUCGGCCAGCGCCUACGGGCUGGGCGCACCGCAUCAGAACAAGGAGAUUGUGAAGCCGCCGUACUCGUAUAUAGCGCUCAUCGCCAUGGCCAUACAGAAUGCCUCCGACAAGAAGGUGACGCUCAAUGGCAUCUAUCAGUAUAUCAUGGAGCGGUUCCCCUACUAUCGGGACAACAAGCAGGGCUGGCAGAACUCCAUACGCCACAAUCUCAGCCUGAACGAGUGCUUCGUGAAGGUGGCACGCGACGAUAAGAAGCCGGGCAAGGGCUCGUAUUGGACGCUGGACCCGGACUCGUACAACAUGUUCGACAAUGGCUCGUUUCUGCGACGGCGCCGUCGCUUCAAGAAGAAGGACGUGAUGCGGGAGAAGGAGGAGGCGAUCAAGCGUCAGGCCAUGAUGAACGAAAAGCUGGCCGAGAUGAAGCCCCUGAAGCUGAUGACCAAUGGCAUACUGGAGGCCAAGCAUAUGGCCGCCCAUGCGGCCCACUUCAAGAAGGAGCCGCUCAUGGACCUGGGCUGCCUCAGCGGCAAGGAUGUCUCGCACGCAGCGAUGCUCAACUCCUGCCACGACAGCCUGGCGCAGAUGAACCACUUGACGGGCGGCGUGGAGCAUGCCGGCUUCACCGUCGACUCCCUGAUGAAUGUCUACAAUCCGCGCAUCCAUCACAGCGCCUAUCCGUAUCACUUGAACGAUGACAAUCUGACGGUGGCCAGCAGUCAGAUGCAUCAUGCCCAUCACGCCGCGGCUGCGCACCACGCCCAGCAGCUGCGACAUGUGGCCCACGUGUCGCAUCCCCUGACGCCGGGCAACGGCAAUGGAAUACAGUCGUCGGGCGCUUCACCCACCACGAUCUCAACGCCGCAUGGACCGGCGCAUGGUGGCUGGUAUACGCCGGAGACGCCGCCCUCGGAGCCCAUUACCAAUGGGGCUGGCCAGAGUGGCACGCCCACACAUCCCAGCAACGGCAACCCGAAUCACAGCAGCAGCAGCAACAACAACAACAACAACAACAGCAGCAGCAUACACAACAACAACAAUCCGGCUAUCUCCGCCUCGGUGCUGACCAGCAGUCCCAGCUCAGCGUUGGGCUUCCGCGACAUGAUCUUCGAGCAGAAUCAAUCCUGCCAGCUGGACACGGGCAGCCCGACGGGCAGCAUACAGUCGGCCAGUCCGCCGGCCUCGGCCAGCGUUGCGGCCGCCUCGGCCGCCGCCGCAGCAGCCGUGAUAAACAGUCAUCAUCAUCAUCAUCAUCACGUGUCGCACCUGAGCGGGAAUCUGGGCAAUCUGGGCCAGCUGAGCAACCUCAGCCACUAUCGGCCGCAUGUGGGUCACUAUCAGGAGUAUGGCAUCAAGUACGGUGUCUAAGAAGGGGGCGUAUCCUAUCUAAGUGGGGCGUGGCCGCUGUGCUCUCUUGUAUAUUCCUGUAAAUAUAUUCCCAAGCACGACUCACAGCAGCAACUGCAGCAGAAAGUAUCUCAAUGUCAAUGAAUU